CUCGCUGUCACUGUCAGGUGCCGAGCAGACCGACUCCAGGAUCAUAUCAAGCCACAUCCUCUCUGUGCAGCUCGCUAAAGGAUUUACUUCACCAAGCUGUGUGUAUUAACUUUGACUGAUAAAGAGCCCAAGGUUUGUGUGGAAUUUUGCAACAAAGGAUUCCUGUGUGCCCUGGAAUAUAUCAACUUAAAAUGAGACACUGUUGAGCACUGAGCUGUAAUAUUGGGGCCAUACUGCACGUGGAUGCCUCCGACCCUUGCUGGAUGAUUCCAUCUCUGUGAUGAAAGGCUUAUCCAGUAGCCGCAGCCACCAUCACAUGGUGACCUGCGACCCCUCCUUGGACUCCAUGGGUCACCACUUGGACCACAAGCCCUACCUCAUCAGUCAGAUCGACAACCCCCACCCGACUGACCAAUCAUACUACAGCCAGAGAAGCCCCUACCAGCCUGACUGCGUGGUGCCUUACGGGACCUUCCCCCGCCGACACUACAGCUCUCCGCACGAACUGAAGGAUGAGACUGCAUUGGUUCCCUACACUGGGGGAGGUGUUCCAGCCAACAAGGGCCAGCGUGUCCCCGUUCCCCUGUUGAAUCAGUUCGACCGCCAACUCCCAGUGCCUCGGGACGGCUAUCACACGCUACAGUACAAGCGUGCCGCCGCAGCCUUGGAGCAACGGAGCGACAGCCCCGGACGAAUCCGACACCUGGUGCACUCCGUUCAGAAGCUCUUCACCAAGUCCCACUCGCUAGAGGGCCCACACCACGCUCACGGCCACGGCAAGAGCAGCAUCAACGGAGGCAAGGCCAGCCCCGACGGAGAGCCCCCCGCCAUUCGGCACCGCAAGCGCAGCAAGAGCAGGGAGCGCUGCAAGUCUGCCGAGCCCAAGAACCGGACGCCACCAUCUGGCUACUGGAGCUCAGAUGACUUGGAACGCGAGGCCUGCCUGUUCCACCACGGACCUCCUGGCGUCAUGACCAUGGGUCGUCACCCUGACAAGUCGCAGUCGCAGUACUUCCUGGAGUCCUACAACACCAUCAAUGACCAGGCGCUUAAAAACUCGCGGAGCAACAACGACAUAGGGAAGUGCUCGUCACGCGUGCCACUGAGCGUGGACGCUACACAGCUCAUGAAGAAGAGCUCGUGGUCGUCCUCUCUCACGGUGAGCAGAGCACGUCAAGUCUACCAGAAGGCCUCUGUAAAUGUAGAUAAGGCUCUAGUGAAAGCAGAGGCUUGUCAGCAGGAGCGCUCAUGCCAAUUCUUGCAGGUCCCUCAAGAUGAGUGGGGGGGCUUUCCGUUGGGGAAGGACGACGAUAUCCCGUUCAGACGCAUGCGCAGCGGCAGCUACGUGAAAGCCAUGGCGGAGGACGACAGCGGUGACUCGGACGGCAGCCCUAAACCCUCACCCAAGAUGCAGGCGCGACGAGCCAGCUACCUCAAAGCCACACAGCCAUCAUUGACGGAGAUGACCACUCUAAAGAUCUCCCAAGAGCAUUCUCCAAAGCUUUCGAUCCGGAGUCACAGCUACUUGCGGGCGGUGAGUGAAGUCUCCAUCAAUAGGAGCGUGGACACCCUGGACCCCAAAGCUCUGUUAGCCUCUCCCCAAUACCGCUCGCGCAAUGAGAGCUACAUGAGGGCUAUGAGCACCAUCAGCCAGGUGAGUGAGGUGGAGGUUAACGGGCAGAUCGAGGCCGUGUGCGAGAGCAUGUUUAGCGAAAUGGAGUCGCAGGCGGUGGAUGCCCUGGACCUGCCCAUGCCCGGAUGCUUCCGCAUGAGGAGUCACAGUUAUGUGCGCGCUAUGGACCAAGGCUGCUCGCAGGAUGAGGAAGAGCCUUUGCUUCCAUCCUCCCCACCACGGAACACCACUACUGUCAGAACAAUACAGAGCAGCACAGUGUCAUCAUGUAUCACAACCUACAAAAAGACUCCUCCGCCAGUUCCUCCUCGCACCUCCACCAAACCCUUCAUCUCCAUCACGGCCCAGAGCAGCACCGAGUCAGCGCAGGAUGCUUACAUGGACGGUCCUGGGACGUGUGGCGAGCCAGUCCUCCACUCUGGUCUGAGCAAUUCCACCGAGAGCAUUGACAGCAUGAAAGCCCUGACGGCAGCCAUAGAGGCGGCCAAUGCUCAGAUCCACGGGCCUGCCAGUCAGCACGUCAGUAACAGCUCGGUCACCAUCAGCACUAGCCCCUUCUCUCCGCUGCCCAUGCCUCUGCCUGUACCCAUUCCUAUGCCAGCUAUUGAAGACUUUCGAAGAGAUGUGCUCAGGAAGAGCAGGUGCCUUUCCAUUGGCAUCCAGGUGGAUGGGCCUGAGGAUCAGGAAAUGGAGGACCCGUCCAAGUUCCAGUCAGUUGGGAUUCAGGUUGAAGAGGUGCACGGUCACCGUCGGUUCACACGUUCUAACAGCGUGACGGCAGCAGUACAGGCCAAUCUGGACACUCCAGACUACACACCAGCUGACUCUCCUGUCACAGAUUUCCCGUCGUCGGGCUGCAUGUCACGGCAAUACUCGCGUGAUGCCGCCACCUCCACCGUCAGCAUCCAGGGCUCAGGGAACCACUACCAUGCCUGCACAUCAGACGACUACGAGGACGUUGGAUUCGACCCCUCCAUCUUGCCCCCGCCCGAUCCGUGGAUUGACAGCGUAACGGAAGACCCCCUGGAGGUUGUGGGCCGCUCAGUGUGUCAGCGUGACGGCCGCUGGUUCCUCAAGCUUCUGCAGGCAGAAACAGAGCGUAUGGAGGGCUGGUGCAGGCAGAUGGAACAUGACGAGAGGGAAAACAAGCUUCCUGAUGAUAUCCUCGGGAAGAUCCGCAGUGCAGUGGGAAGUGCACAGCUGCUUAUGUCUCAGAAAUUCCAGCAGUUCCGAGAACUGUGUGAGGAAAAUUUGAACCCAAACGCUCACCCACGGCCGGUGGCUCAGGAUCUCGCAGGGUUCUGGGAUAUGCUCCAACUCUCCAUUGAGAAUAUCAGCCUGAAGUUUGAUGAGCUGCACCAGCUCAAAGCCAACAACUGGAGGCCCCUCGACCCCCCUGAGAGAAAGGAGAAAAGGCUGCCUCCCCCAGUGCCAAAGAAACCCCCAAAAGGCCACCCUCCUCUGGCCAGGGACCGCUCGCUGGAGAGCACAGAGAAGCAGCGUCAGGAGGCUCGAAAACGCUUGAUGGCAGCCAAGCGGGCCGCUUCCGUGCGGCAGAACUCGGCCACAGAGAGCGCAGACAGCAUCGAGAUCUAUAUACCCGAGGCCCAGACCAGACUAUGAAACUGCCAGACGCAUAAACACACAUUCACACACAAAUUACACCGUAAGCACAACACAUCACACUGAUAUAUACAGUAUUUGCCUACUGCAUCGAUCACUGUAGGGUCACACACACCAGCGCCACGAUAGCACAGAAGUACGAAUUUGAUCUUUUAUUAUUUAAAAAAUGACAUCAUAUUAAUGACCCCAAGCCAUCAUUGCAGUAGAUCACUGACACACACAUAUAUGCUAUUUGGAGCUUAGUCACUUUAUAUACAGUAUACUGCUUUUUUCUCAUGCUUGUGUGGUUUACAAACUUUGUAAACACACAAAUAUAUCUAUAUACGUAAAUAUAUAUAUAUAUAUGAAAUUUACACACACAGGCACUGUUAAACAUGCACAUAUGUGUAUACUGACCUCUUUGAGAGCCAUUCGCUCGCCAUGUCAAUACAUGUGGGCAUAUACACGAAUAUAUACUUUAUAAUUUGUCAGUUCGACACACACUUACAACAAACAAACAUGCGUAUUCACUCUGAAUGACGUGGACUGGGUGUUUGUAAUAUAAUCUGUUUUCCCUUAAAGGAGCGUUAUAGCAGGUUUAAUGUCUCGCUUCACCAGUAUUUUCCAUUUGUCUCUCUCACAUUCUGUCUUAAGCCUACGAUCCGAAGCGACCAUAGUGAAUUAUGUUCCAAGACAUGUGAAGUAGGUAUCACUUCAGUAGAAAACCCCCUGUCGGUCCUUCUCAGUAGUGCCAUCUAGCAAACACUGUAUCCGGUUUGCUGUAGGAUUUUCUCUAUUUUUUUCUUUAGCAGAGCAAAAUUACUUUUUUAUUUCUGUUUCCAUUCCUGCCCCCUCUUUUCCUCUUCUUUUUCUUAACUUUAACACAAUUUGGAAAAUAUUACCACGUAACAGGGUAUUUUGAGCUAAAAGCAAUACGCGUUUAAAAAUGAUGUUGAACUGCAUUUAUUUCAAUGUAGGCUAGUGAUUCUAACUGAUUCAUUGAUGAUGAAAAGAUGCCUUCGCUAUGCUGUAGCCUGUUCAUUUUGGGUUUAAAUCUCUUUAUGUGGAACAUUUAGGCAUUCUUUAGCGUAUAAUAUACAAAUAAACCUACUUAUCAAUUUUUGUAAUAUAUAUUUGGGGCCUUUUGUGGAUUUUUAUGUAGACGAGUAGUGGAACAGUAAUGAGAUGAUUGCAAAAAAUAAAUCUAGACUAAAAGGGGAAUUCUAAUAAAAUGCAAGAUUUUCAUCAUUGUUCACACGAUUAUGUCUUUCCAGUAGCAAUUUCAGUGACUUAUAUUUUAAUGUGUUUUAAUACUGUGUUGGGGCACAGGGGGAGUCAUUUUUUGUAAGAUUUGUGCUCAAAGGGGUUGUGACUCUGAGAGGACCAUGUGACUCUGCCUGAUCCAUCAUGUCAGGUGAGCUAAACAAGCGUUAAACUCUCAGGAAAAGACAGAGAAAUAGUGAGUGCCGCAAAAUCAGGGUCUCCCAGUGGUAAUGUUUUGCGUGUAUUUGUGUGCGUGUUUGAAGCACACACAGGUGUGUUUUGAAGAAUGUAUGAAUCUCUGUGGUGAACAGGUAUGGGUGGCUUGUGUGUGUGCGCCUGUGUGCAUACUGUAUGUGGGUGUGUUUAUAAAAGUGCUUCCUAAUUUCCUUAGUUAACACAAUCUUUGAAUUUGUUUUUGUUUUUUGGAUGAAGUUUAGUAGCCUCAUGACCUUGUGUACAGUAUCAAAGCCCCUUGUUCUUACUUUGGUCUAUAUUGUUUGUACAAGAAAACAAUGAUGAGGUAGUUCCUGUAAGCAUGCAGACACAAUAUGAGUCCUAUAGAUAUAACGGAUUUAUACUAUUAUUUGUUUUAUUUAUGUACUUAUUUAUUUGUCUUACUAUUUAAGAUUUAUUUUUAUGGUUUCGAUUCGGUUUAGUGAUCUGUCAUGGCACCCUCAUAUUGUGAAUAUGUUGUACUGUAUGUAUAAACAUUAUAUGUGCAUACAUACGAUGAACAAAGAAUAAAUUCUUGAAACUUUUUUUGUCUUUAAAUUACAGAAUUUAUGCGGAUUCAAUACCUAAACCGUUCUCAAGCAAAAUAGAUUAAG